AUGGCUGGCCACAGAGCAGCUGCAACACGUGAUCACCACACGAUCCUACAAGCCAAAGAGAUCUGCCCAGAGUGCCAGAUCGACCCUCCCAACCUCGCUGAGGAGUCCGUCGCCGGCGAUGUCGUCUGCACAGACUGCGGGCUCGUCCUACAGAACCGCAUGAUUGACGAACGGGCCGAGUGGCGGACCUUUUCCAACGACGACGUCGGCAGCAGCAACCCGUCGCGGGUGGGCGAGACCAUGACCAACGACGAUGACCUCCACCAAGGCUCUCACCUACACACCACCAUCGCAAACAGUGGGAGAAGCAGUACUAAGCUGAGCCAUGGCCUCGAGCGGGCACAGGCAAGGAGCAUCCACGAACCACGAGCUUUUUCGCUGCGCCACGCCUCGGCCGAGAUUGAGGAGUGCUGCGAUGGGCUCAGACUCGACGUGAGCCACGUGAGGUGCGUCAAGCAGCUGUACAGGCAUGCUCUGGACCUCGGCUGGCUGCACCGCCAUGCCCGCAGAACGAGCAUCUCGGUGUGCAUAGCUGUAGUGUGCAGCCGAGUGUUCAACAAGUCGCGAUCCCUCGAUGAGAUUCGCAGGACUCUGGAUGUGGAAAGGAAAUUGUUUGGGCAGUACCACUCGCCCAUCCCUGGGCCGGCGCAGGAAGGGUCGAAUAAUGUCAGCAUGGAAGAGGCAGAAGACGCUCCAAUAACAAAGACGACUAUCGGAGUCUGCGAGCGGAUCUGCGAUCGGCUCGACUUCCAAAGGCCCUUUGAGGUUAUCAAGGUCGCCACAAGCAUUAUACACAUAGCGAUGGACACGCUUGGUGGGAAGCCACCGAAGACGAUAGCGGCGGCUUGUGUCCUGAUGGCAUGUCAACUAUUGCAAUACGAACGGUCGACCAAGGAGAUCUCGGCGGCGGGAAACUGUGGGCUUGCUGCCAUCAAGAAGGCCUACGAAAAGAUCUGGCUGGAGCGAGAGGAAAUUGUGGGAUGCAGCCCGGAAUGCGUGGAGCGGGGUCUGAGAUCGGACAUCAUCGAGGCGAGGCCUUGGCAACGAUGA